CCAUUAUGUUGAUUUUAAUUUUCCAUUUUGUACUUUCCAGUUCUUCACUUCGCACCAUCGAAUUACUUUAUGACCGUAUAAAUUGUGUAUCCAAUCAAUUGUGACGUUAUUUGUAUAGUUUUAGUUGUAAUAUCCAUUAAAAACUUUAAUAUAUAAUUGAUGGAAAAAUGGAUUUAUCAAUUUUGAUAUUUAUUGCUUUAUUUAUGGUAGCCUGUUUCUCUCUAUUUUUAAUAUAUAAAUACGGAAUUAAAGAAAAAAGUUAUGAAGAAGCUGUUGCUGAACAACGUCAACAAACUAAUAGUCUUUUAGGCACGAAAUCUAAACCCAAGGAAAAGAAAAACAAGAAAUCAAACAAAAAGAAAGAAAAAUCAGUACAAGACAAUGAAAUAAAUGAAUUUGAAAAUACUGCUAAUAAAGAAAACACUCCUAAACUUCGAGUGGAAUUUAAAGAAGAGGCUGAAGAAGUUCCUAUUACAGAGGAGUUGAAAUUACCUUCAAUCAAAGAACAAAAUAAGCAGAAAAAAUCGAAAAAAGUUCGACCGAUUUUGGUUAACAAAGAAAAAUCGCCUAUAAGAAUCGCACUCGAAGUUAUUGAAACGCCGAUCGUAAAUCAUUUUGAGGAAAAUCCUCCGAAAGACGACUUCGAAUUAUUACGAUCAAACAGCAAAGACGAUAUAUUCAAACCAGAUCCCGUCAGUGAAAAAGUAACGAAAGAAAAAAAAUCCAAUGUUGAAACUAACGUUGCUGUGAAGAAUAAGAAGAAUGCCAAGCUGCAACCUAUCGAUAAUAACAAAAUUGAGAAAACCACCAUUUCCGAAGAAAAGAAAGCUGAAGAAAAAAUCAUCGUCGCUGCCAUUCCAUUGGUGCCGCAAACGAAUGGUAUCGUCGUCGGUAAUCCUGGUAAAGAAAAGAAGAAAAAGAAGAGCGAAUUCAAUACCAAACAACAAUUAACUGCAGAGAGGGAUGAACUUAUAAACUCGGUGCGUAAAGCUGAAUUGUCUAAGACUGAGAUACAAUUGCUUAUUGAUCUAUUACUCAACAAGCAGCUUGAGGCCCCGGCUAUCAUCGAUGAUUGGAGCGAGGGAAAAUCCGAUCCGAUCCAAAAAUUGAAAAAGCAGCUGGCAGAGAAAGAGAAGGCACUCGCCGAAGAGCAUCAAGCCCUGACUGGCGCUCAAGCGAAGCUACGUGAAAUUCGAGCUGAACAACAACUCGAGAAAUCCCAAUUGCAACAAAAAAUCCGGGCGAUGGAAGAAGCUGUUCAAACUAAACAGAUCGAAAUUCAAGCUGCAAAUAAUAGAUAUCAAGUAAACAUUCAAAAAAUUCAACAACUACAAGCCGAAUUGAAUGCAGAAAUUAUGAAAACUCACAAAUUGGUAGAGGACAAUGGUGCACUGCAGUUGCAAAUUCAACAAUACGAAGUUAGUUUAUCUAAAGUGCAGGAAACUGAAAAUUUGAUUCACAAGAUGAAAAGUGACUUGGAGGAAGUUUCAAAUACGAAUCAACAAUUACAACAGCUAGUAGUAGAAAAAGACCAUCAGAAUCAACAUCUUGCUAAACAAUUGACUAACAUGGAAAAAGGCUAUAAGGAUUCGAUACUAGAUUUGAAAAAACAAUUGGAAAUGUGUCGGCUACAGGAAUCCGAUUGGAACCGUGAAAGAUCUGGUUUGAAUACGAAUUUACAAAAACAAUAUGAAGAAAAACGACAAUUGGAACAUACCAUAGCUCAGUUAAAUGAUCAAAUGUGUCUAUAUAAUAACGAAAAAACAGAAUCUGUCAAAUUAAUCGCACAGCUGAAAUCGGAGCUUCAACAAACAAGGGAAGAUUUAACUGGUUUGAGAGAAUUGUCUGAUAGCAAAACUAAACACGAAGUGGAAAUUCGUAAUUUGAGCAACGAACUUUCAUCGACCAGAAAUGAAUUGUCAUCUAGAAUUGAAGAACUUCAGCAAACAGAAAAGAAAUAUAGGACCGAAUUGGAGACAUCUAAUAAAAAGUAUAUAAUAGCACAAAAAGAGUUGGAAGAACAAAAGGCCAAAAACAAUGAGUUACGUACCAAGAACUGGAAAGUGAUAGAAGCAUUAAAUGCUGCAGAAAGCAAGAAUAAAAGUACCAAUAAUAAGCACACGGAAAUUGAUAUUAAAAAACUAUCUGCAGAUAUAAUAAACAAAGAACAGGAAUCACGUAAACAAUUUAUGGAACGCCUAUUUCCGGAUAUAGAAGAAAUCAAAAAUAUCGAUGCUAAAAAUUUGGAGCAUUCAUGUGAGAAAUUGAUCAGAGAGUACAUCAAGGCGUUGAAAGAAAACCAAAAAGAUAAAUCCUCUGAAAAAUCUGCGGAUGUGGCAAAAUUACAAUCACAGAUUCAACAUUACAAAAAAACUAUAGACGACACAGAAAGUAUUUUAAGUAAGCUACAGAAACACGUGGAACAAGAAGAGAAGAAUUGGAGAAAUCAAUUGGCUGCAAAGGAAGCCGAAUUAGAUAAUUUGAAAGAAACUUGUGUUUCACAGCUGAAGGCCAGUGUUUCAAAUUUAGAAAAACAAUUAUCCAAAGAAGUAGAUGAGAAACAGAAAUUAUUAGAAGAAACCCGGAUUUUGAAAAGUGAGAGGUUGCAAACAAAGGAACAAACCAAUUCAACAGUUAUUAUUGAAAAACUAUCUGAGGAGGUAAAUCGUUUGCGGGAACAACUUAGAGUAGAACAAACUAAAAAUGGAGAUGUAGCAGUAUGUCUUAAGUCCCAAAAUGGCAAUAGCUCAGCAAACGGACCUGCAUUUCUAGAGGCGGAGAGAAAUCAAGAUUAAAUUAUUACUGGUUAUAAACUUUCAACACUUUAAUUAAUACUUAAUUUUUAACUAUUUAAUUUACAUACAAUAUGCGUUAUCAUUCCUUGGUAUAUGUUUUUGUUGCUGGUGCAAUAAUUCAUUGUAAUUUUGUGUUUACGAUUAAAGUAUUUCGUUGACAUUAUAAUAGUAGGAGCCCAAUCUUAAUACUGCUUACAUUAAUAUCAAUAAUAUUUCAGUACUUCUUCUGAUAUCACAAAUACUAUCUAAUACUCAAUUUUCACUUGUACAUUGAUCACUUUGGUGUGACUAUUGGAUUAUAUGUGAAUGAUCAAAGAUAGGCACUGACUGACUAAUGAUAGAAAUCAAUCGAAAGACUAGGCCAUUACGAAAACCAUUAGAAACGCUAAGUGUCAUUAACCUUGUACAACUAACAUGUUUGAUUGUAACAAGCUAACAUCAGUCUCCGAGACCGUUAGAUGAAAAUGACGCAUCGUUGGAAAGCAAAAUGUUGAUAAUGUAUCAUUCAUAGUACAAAAAAUAAUUCUUUUUCAUUAUUAUUCUCUAUCAUACAUAAUUAUAUUAGACGGAAUUAAACAAAUUACUAGAAAAUUAAAGUAAUGAACUUGAGAUAAAAACGGAAAAUUGAAAAGUUAUUAUUAUUGUAGUGGAAACCAAAAUGCGGAUUCCCUAAACGAAAGUCUUUCAUUAUAAAAGCACAAAUUACAAUCUAUCCUGUGUACAUUAUACAUUCUAUCACUUCUACAACGUUUAAAAAACAACUGCCUGAUUUUGACAACUAUAAAUCUUAGAACACUGAAGACGAAUACUACAAGGCUGCUAACUUUCGGUAUGUUAUUUCCCCUAACUGAUACGCGAGAAAUGAUUUCAAUUACAUUUCGGUUAUUUAGAUUUUGUCUAGUGCAACAAUUGUUACUAAAAAUGUGUCUAAAUCAUUACAUAACAGGGUCGGUUUUAGGAAGAACGUCGAAAUAAAAUUUGUAUUAUAAACUAUUUAGAAAUUGGAAUUGAGACGAGAUAGUUUAUAAUACAGUGUGACCAAUUUAUUAAAAAAAAUUCAGUUUAUAAACUGUAAUUUUCAUAUUAAUAGUUUUUUUGAUAUGUUUGUGUCUGAUCAUUUGCAGAAAUAUACAAGGUAAAUUUUUAAUUCUGACUUUGAACUCGAUCGUACUCAUUUAUUUAUUUGAUAUUUAAUAAAAUUUAUCGCUUUUUUUUUCUACAUUUUUCCUUUUAUUAGUCCAGUCAUUAAUUUUAAUUCAAUUCCUAAGUUACUCCUAACUACUGGGCGAGUCAAAAUAACUCUUAACUUUGAUAUAGGUGAUUCACAAGUAAUUAGAAACCAAAAUAUCUCAUUGGUGAAUGUUUCCAGUAACCCGAUUAGGCUUCUAUUACAAUGUUAAUAGAAAAAAAUGAUUCGAAAAGGGAUCUACUACUCAAACUUCCAUGGAAAAUCUCUUUAAAUGGUAUAUAAAGUCCAAAGUCAACUAAAACAACUUGAAAUGUCGGGGAAUCAUCUUUCUGUAUUGUAAUUACUAGUAAAAUAUUCAGAAAAGAGUAAGAUGGGAUAAUUCCAAGAUUUGAUCGCCCCAAAAAGUUUGAUACUGGAUUCAGGAAGCACUUAACAAGACUAGGUCUACCUAAAAAAGAUAGAUAUAGAUACUGUGGAGAAGAAACUCUGGAUUAUGUAGUUACAGAAAAUCCUUCCACCAUAAUUCAACAUAGAAACUUCAAAAUACAAAAUAAAAUUACUAUUUUGUUAAGGAAAUAGUUAAAAAUGAGAUUUUAUCCUAUCAACAUUAUUUUUUAUUCUACUUUAAGGUCUAAUAUUUAAAAAAUUAUAAAAAUACAAAAUUAAUAGUUUAAAUAUUACCUUUGUACAGGUAAUAAUCAGUAUAAAUAAAUAGAUGAAGGAGACUUGUCGUAUAUUAACAAUGGGUAUUAAAAACACCCUGUGAAUAAUAUAAAGGUUUUUGGUUAUAGCGAGAUUAAGAAUGGACUCCUAAUAGCAGGCUUAUAUAAGACUUAUGAUUUAAUACUUGUAUCUGUGAGAUUGUAAAAUAAGUUCGUGUGUAAAAAAUGAAAAGAAGUGAUUCGUUGAUUAAUCCACUAAAUAGCAUCUGCUUUUUCGUUAGAUUGUAUUCAAAGCUUGUCAAUAAUGUAUCGUUUAAUUUUUAUAGUAUAUUCUUGUAAGAAUAAAUAUGAAAAAGUAUGAAAGAUUUAAAAUAAUAUAUAAUAUAUAUAUUUGAUUUAAAAAUUAGCCUCUUUUUGUAUAUUUUUCAAUGAUUUCAAUAAAUAUUUAUAUCACUA